AUGGCCUCGUUUUCGACGAGCCCGCCCGCUGCCCCAGACCCCUUCGAUUUAGGGAUCCACACUCCCGCUAAUCUGAAUCGAGGAGCCCGUGCAGCUCUCUUGCAGAAUAGCCCUGCGACCGUGAAUGGCACCAUUGGUGUUUUGCCCGUUCCCAGGCAGAUGGCCCAGACUCCAUCCUCACCACUUAUCGCCGCCACCGCUGCUGCAGCUACGGAAGAAGCUGCGCGUGCCAACUCACCAUCGAUCUCUGAACAACAACCAAUAUCUAUUAUCGAGUCGGCCAAUGAUCUCGCGCGAGAACACGCGGAAGAGUACAACGCCAAGCUGAUGGCCUUUCAAACCUUCUGCGCCAAGUUUGAAGAAGCGGCUCAGCAAUUCGCUACCGGACCGCAACGCCGUUUCGCUAGACAACUUGCUGACAGCUUCCUCGGCAUCUGGAAACGAGAGCUCUCCGGCUCCGGACCUACGACCCCCAAGGCCAGCUACAGCAGCGUCGCCGCUAUCUCGCUUCCCGCUGCCCACAUUCGCCCAGCCCACCGCCACCAUCAGCAACACCGUCAGCAACACCGUCAGCAACAACAGCAGCACCGACAAUUCGACCCACCUCAUCGCCAAGGGCAACAGCCGACCAUCGCCCCACUCCGACAAGAUCUCCGUGUCUUCAUCCGUCUAGAAGCCGGAGCCCCGGCCAGGGCCCACAGUGGCUAUACCAUCCGGACCUUAAUCCGGGAGAAACUCGGCGCCGUCUCGGACAACAUCCGACAGGUAUUCCAGGUCCGGUCUGGAUGGGCCGUCUUGGCUGCCGACUCGGCAACACGCGACUUUCUUGUAGAAAAGCAGGCUAAAUGGGCCGCUGAACUGAAACCUAUAGCAGUAGAAACGAACAAAGAAUGGUUCACCUAUGUGGUCUCAGACUUUCCCAAAAGACUGACCGACUUUCACGGUAAUGAGGUGGAUAGUGACAGCAUCGUCAGCGACGAGAUAGAAAUGCAGACGGGGCUCAAGCCUGUUGACAUAUGCCCGGCGCGAUAA